AUGGAAUUGGUGCCUUCAAUCAUGAGCAAUUUGCUGAAUCCGGAUGCCAUUUUCUCCAACAAUGAGAUGAGCCUGUCGGACAUUGAGAUCUAUGGCUUUGAUUAUGACUACACCUUGGUGUUUUAUUCAAAGCACCUCCACACACUGAUAUUCAACGCUGCUCGGGACCUUCUCAUCAAUGAACACCGGUAUCCCGCGGAAAUCAGGAAGUAUGAAUACGACCCAAAUUUUGCAAUUCGUGGACUUCAUUAUGAUGUGCAGCGGGCAGUCUUGAUGAAGAUUGAUGCUUUUCAUUACAUCCAGCUGGGGACUGUCUACAGAGGCCUCAGUGUGGUCCCUGAUGAAGAAGUCAUUGAAAUGUACGAGGGUUCCCACGUGCCUCUGGAACAGAUGAGCGACUUUUAUGGCAAGAGCUCCCACGGGAACACCAUGAAGCAGUUCAUGGACAUCUUCUCCCUGCCCGAGAUGAGCCUGCUGUCCUGGUCUGGAAGACAGGAUGCAAUUCGAGACGUGCACAUCAAAGGAAUCAUGUACCGAGCCGUGGAAGCAGACAUUGAUAAGUACAUCUGCUACGCCGAGCAGACCCGCGCGGUGCUGGCCAAACUGGCUGAUCACGGCAAGAAGAUGUUCCUCAUCACCAACAGCCCCAGCAGCUUUGUGGACAAAGGGAUGAGCUAUAUCGUUGGAAAGGACUGGCGGGACCUGUUUGACGUGGUCAUCGUUCAGGCCGAGAAGCCGAGCUUCUUUAACGAUAAGCGGAGACCUUUCCGAAAGGUGAAUGAAAAAGGUGUUUUACUCUGGGAUAAAAUCUACAAGUUGCAGAAGGGCCAGAUUUACAAGCAGGGCAAUUUAUAUGAAUUUUUGAAGCUUACUGGAUGGAGAGGAUCCAAAGUGUUAUAUUUUGGUGACCAUAUAUACAGUGACCUGGCGGACUUGACCCUGAAGCAUGGCUGGCGGACUGGUGCCAUCAUCCCAGAGUUACGGUCUGAGCUCAGAAUCAUGAACACGGAACAGUACAUCCAGACCAUGACCUGGCUGCAGACGCUGACCGGGUUACUGGAGCGAAUGCAGGUACACAGAGAUGCGGAGUCCCAGCUGGUUUUGCGGGAGUGGAAAAGGGAGAGGAAGGAGAUGAGAGAAAUGAACAAAAGUUUCUUCAACGCCCACUUUGGAAGCUUGUUCCGCACAGACCAGAACCCCACCUACUUCCUGAGGCGCCUGUCACGGUUUGCCGACAUCUACAUGGCGUCCCUGAGCUGCCUGCACCCCACCCACACGCUCCCCCAGGAGGACUCCGCUGCAGCACGAGCUUCCCGCCUGGGCGGACGGGCCCCCCACCUGCAGGCUGCCCCUCCUGCAGGCGGCCCAAGCCAAGUAGCCGUGACCUCCUGUGGACAAGGCCAGAAACAGCCCCGGCCCAGACCCGGGGGACACCACGGGGCUGGCCUUGUGUGGAUAGGAGUGUUGCUUUUGGAAAAGACACAGAAUCGCCUCUUGAUAUUUAUUUCGGACCUUCUGGAGGGUGCUCCGCAGGUGGUUGAGACGGAAGCCAGCGCGUACUGGUCUCGCCUUCCUGCUCUCCUCGAGCUGAGUGGCAGGCUUCCCGGGGAACUGAUCAGUCCUCUCGUUGACUGAGGUGCUGCUACUGGCGUCGGCUUUCCUGGGACCGGGGAGACUUCCUGAUGCCGCCUCCGUAUUCCAGCAGCGGAAACUCCCGCCUCCUCCCUGGAAAACGGAGCGUUCACAGGGUGCAUCGGGACCGAAGGCCACCGUGGUGUGCAGCGACACUGCUCCCAGAAAGCGGACGGUGCAGUGAGCUCUGUAGCAGCACAAUAAGCAGUAAGCGGCGGAGAUGACCCCCAAACAGCGGGACCCCCCAGCCGUUUGGUCCCAGGGCUUUGGCGUUUCAGUGCAUCAUUGGGAAGAAAAGAGAAAGAGCAAGGGAAGGUCCAAGUCCUUCGCCCUGGAUGGUCCUCAGUCUUGCUUCCUGUGCCCCACCCCAUCCUGGGGAAGGACAGGCACCACAGGUGAUGGGGGGGCUCGCUCCUUUCCUUGGAGAAGGAGAGAGGGCGCCUGGUCACAUGUCCAGCUGGCAGAACAGCCUGUGGGAUAAGGCUGUGAGCAAAAAGCGCUCAGAGCCAACGCUUGGGGGUGGGUCCCCUGAAAAUGCCACCCGACUGUUGGUUUGAUGUGCUCAUUGGAGGACAGAAAAACAAAACAAAAAAAACAAAGUCCUUGCAGUGAAAUGCCACUCCCCUCCCUGGGUGGUGUGGCUGAAAUGUAGGCAUUACCAGAAGCCAUCCCUUCCUGGAGGCAACAGACCGGUUGCCUCUCCCCGGAUUAUCGGGGAAGUGGGAGCUGUGGCCUCACCGCCUGGCUGGCUCCACCCUCUGCUCCCCUUUGCUCUCGUCCUUUCCUGCCGCACACGUGCGUGUGUGUGUUUGUGUGUGUGUGUGUGUGUGUGGGCUAUUGUGGGACUUGGGGGGGGUUCUUUAAGUGCCUGUAUUUAAGGUGGGAGAACAUCAAGGGCAUUGAAAUGAAGAGAAAGGGGGUUGGAAAUGACUUAGGUAACUGAGUAUUUCUCACGUCUUUCUAAGGACAACGCACGUGACAGACGUUUUAAACCUGAUGCCUGGCAGGUGCAGGGGGAGGGGCUUGCGGAGAGUGUUGCUAACUGAGCAUUUUUAUGGCAAUGAGUGGCUUGGCAUGCCACAGCUGCCUGCCAGAAUGCAGGGAGUGAGGAGCUCUGGAGUGUGCUUGGCAAUGCUGCUUGUGACGGUGCGAUUUUCCUGGGCAUUCCGUGUAUUUAUGAUAGUGACGGUGACCCUGUAGACCCAGGAGGCCCAUCAGUUAAGCCCCUUUUUUUCUGGUUAAAUUUUAUCAUAAACACGGCGGUCCGUUUCUUUUUGGGGGUGAGGUAGGCCUUUUGUUUACUGUUUGUUAGCUCCCAGGUGCUUUUAGCAUCAGAGUUACUGGCAUUUGGGGGUGCAGGUGGAGCCCCGGAGCUGCUCGUAUGGGGGCCUCGAAGGGCACGCUGGUGCUUUCGGCUUCACUUUGGGGAAGCCGGGUGAGGAAGUAGUUAUGACUGUUUUUAACAAUCUCGUAGUGUUUAUCCAAUCAGGUGUUCAUUGGAUGUCUCCUAGUGCCAGUCACAGGGUGUUUGUUUACUCAAGAAUGAAGUAGACUUGUUUCAAAUCCUGCUUUCGUGGAUGUCUAGGGUGGGUGAGCCAAGCCUCAGGGGAGACACACAUUUUCUGGGUAUGAAUUAUGAGUGUCACAGUUCAUUACCAAUUAAGGUUUCGGUCUGUGGGGCAUCAAACAUGGCCGUGCUGAGAUCUGCCACGUGACGGAGCCCUGGCAUGUGUCUCAGCAGGGCCCCCGAGCAUGUGCCUGGCAGACCCGUGCGCUCCCGGGCCAGCAGCUUGGGUAGGGCAGCUGUCCCCACAUGAAGGACCGGGGCAGCCUCCUGGUCUGCGCUCAGCCGUCGUCAUGACGCAGCCGGGCCUGGGCGCACCGCGCGGGGCAUUCUGUCCUUUCCAUUUCGUUCUCUGGGGCUCACACUGGUGAAAGCCUGUUGGUCCAAGGGAAGUGAGUCUGCUUUCCACCCUUCAAAAGUAGCAACUUGGAAAGUGAACAGAAUAAAAUUAGCUUGCACAUUUAAACAAUAUUCUCACGGGCAGCACGGGUUAGACUGAUUUUCUGAGAAUGAUGUGCACAGAAGUCAUAGUCCAGGGCAGCCC